CCAGUGUUGUAAUAACAAACCAAGCUUUAAAUAAUGCAACAAAUAUCGUACGCUCCGGGGUACAAGUUUGAUGUUUCCGAAAACUUUGAAAGUAGCAUUUCAUGAUUCCGCCCCACCAGGAAGACGCAAAGAACAAGAACUAACCAUAGAAACAGGGGUGAGGAGGCCAAGAGAGAAGGAUUUUUUUUUUUUUCCUUUUCGACAACAGCUAACUGCGUCUGUUUACCACAAUGGACAGUCGAGAGGUGGGAGAUUUACUGGACGAGUGCCUCGGGGCAGCAAAAGCAGCAGGUCGCCAGUCCACCGGGGUGUCUGAGGCAGAUCGGCUAAACUACUGCAGCUGCAGAGACUUGCUGUGUGCCGAACUGGCCUCCCUCCUGCAGGAAGCCAUGGACAUGAAAUGGCCUUUUGCACCAGAGAAGUGGCAGUAUAAGCAGUCUGUCAGCGCCACUGACAAAACCAACCUCAAUGACCUCAUCAGCAAGCACUUGUCUCAACUACUGGAUCUCCUGAAGGCCUCCAUCAGGGCUGAGGAGGCACAUUGUGCACUUGCAGUUGUCUUCUUAGUGGACCGCUACCUCUACUGGACUGAUGAUUCAAGCCGCCUGCUGAAGAUUGCCAAGCUUCUCCACAGACGCUACCCCGAGACCCCCAUAGCCCCCCAGCUGGUCAUACGGCAGGCCAGGCUCUAUUUUAACUCGGGAAAACUGCAGAAGGCAGAGUACAUCCUGAGCAGCCUGAUUAACAACAGCGGGACGACAGGUCGUUGGAUAUACCACUCUGAAAGUGACCGGGUGCUCGUGCAGGCUGUGAGUGUUCAAGUGCGUGGCACGAUUUUGCAAAAGCUGGGCCUGUGGUUAGAGGCUGCAGAGCUAAUAUGGGCUUCCUUGGUUGGGUACUACUCGCUUCCUCAACCUGACAAAAAGGGUAUUGGAACUUCCCUUGGUAUACUGGCUAAUAUAUUGGUAUCUAUGAACAAUGAGGACUUCCAUGCCUUUAGGACUAAUCCAGAUAUUGAUUUUACAACCCAAGGUACCUGCUUGCUAUCAUACAGUUUCUCUGUGGAGUGCCCAGAUUCUCAAAGACAGUCAUUUCUCCAGCAGGCUCAAGAAGCAUUUACAAUUGGCCUUCUAACCAGAGCAGAGGGUGAUCUGGUAACCAGCAAGCAGGAGCUUCAUACCGUUCUCAAGGCUGCCUAUUCCCUCACUGUCACUCACAAGUGGCUUGGAACUCCUUUGGAGGUUGUAGCACAGGCAGUUCAAGCUUGUCAAAAUGCUUUAUCUAGUUUUUACAGUUACUGCCACGCAGGUACCCAAGACAAAGACAGCCUGUGCACUGAGAUCAUGCACCUGGUCACCCAAGUCAAGCUGCUGCUCCGAGUGGAGCCUUUCCUUAAUUCAGACAAGGGGUCUUUUAUCCCUGAUAGCUACAGAAAUGUCAAAGACACCUCUGUAAAUUUUACUCUUGCAGGUUUCGCUAAGAUAAUGAGGAGGUUCCAAAAGUAUCACAAGUCACUGUGUGAGACCACUAACACACACUGUAGGGAUGCUAAAGAUGAGCUAGAGAUGGACAGAGGAAGGCCGUGUAUAACAGCUCUUUGGACAACCACUGGCACACUCAACACAGAGGCUCAGGGAGGCUCACAUUCAUCCAGUGUGCAUAUGCCUCAAAAGCCUGAAAGCACAGAUAUCCUUGGCUCAUCAUGGCAGGAAGUGUCCUUAAAAAGUUCAGGCUCUCCUCAGCUCAGCAGAAUUCAAUUCAAUUCAAUUCAAUUCAAUUCAAUUUUAUUUAUAUAGCGCCAAAUCACAACAAAAGUCGCCUCAAGGCGCUUUAUAUUGUACAGUAGAUAGCACAAUAAUAAAUACAGAGA